AUGUCCAAUGAUAAAACCAACACCAUCGACACCAAUCCUUCAGAUACAGCCAUGAGCGACCCAAAUCCUGACUCUACUCAAAAGAAGACAACGCGAUAUGAACUUUUGACCAAACUGAUUGACAUGACCUUGUCACGAAGUCGUUCCUCCCUCAAUAUGGAUCAGAUGGUGCGGGACACUUACGGCAGCGAUGCUUCCAUCUUCGGUGGACAAGAAAUACUUGAAGGCAUCGUGGAUAACAUGCUUGAUAAAAUGGAAGAUACUGUAAAAGAAAGGAUCAAUCAACACAUGGAGAAACUAGGUGUCAAAACACGUUUGGACGAAAUUGAAGACAUUAUUCACGAGUUGGAAGAGGAAGCUCGACGUCAGCAGCAAAGUGAACAAGACGAUAUUGAUUCGGCGAGACAAGCUUUUGAUCAAGCUGUGCUCCCAGAAGGUGUCAAUCUGGGGAAAGCUAUUCAUUAUGUCGCCUAUCAAAAGAAACUUGAACACAAGGAACAAUUGGCCAAAGCGCUGCAAGACAUGGAAGAUGAAAUUGCAGCUCUCAAAAACCAGCAAGAAGAGGCCGAAAGCAAGGUUCGGAAGAAUUCUCAAAAAUUGCAACAAGUGGCCCAAACGCUCGAAAAGUCAGCGGAUGUUUGCUCCAUGGUGACUGCAGCUUCGUAA